GUCCCUGACAGAGAGCGGAGAGGUUGGGAGGAGAGACAGCAUGCCUGAGCCCGGCUGCAUCUCUCCCACGGAUACCGAGCAUCGGCGUCGUUUGGCAGCGUUUGAGGGCAAAUCAGCUCUCAACUCAUCCUGCUCUGCACCGCCGACCAGGGACACAACAAUGGACUGACGGAACACAAACACAGAGCGAGAGAGACGUGGAGAGAAAGAAACAGAGAGAGAGAGAGUGAGAAAGAAAGAGGGGGAGAGAGAAAGAAACGCCGCCUUGUUUUUGAAGCAUGCACAUAUUUUCCGGACGGACAUAAGCUCCGGGUUCAUAUUUGCAGAGCGGGACGAAUGGACUGACCACAACGCCUUUGAAAAGGGACAUGCCACAGCCAAGCAGUGAUAUCAGAAGGAUGCUUGGCUUCCAUCGGUUAUUGCAUUGCAUCUCUUAUAAGAUGGACGAGACAUAUUGGGGCUAAGGAACUGGCGACUUAUCACGUUGCGGAGGAGAGAUGUUUUUCAACUGCCGUGGGCUAUUCAAGAGGAUGAAUGCCUUCCUUGGCGUCAUUUCUCCAAUGUAAUAUGUAGCUCAAACGACAGUGAAAGCGUGUGCAGCUGUCUCUCGGGUCGUGCAGACCAUAAAAGCAUCGUUGACCGGUUGGGGUUGAGCUCCGUGUCCGCCGGUACCCUUUCCCCACCUUCAACUUCCAUGUGACGGCUUGGUGCCCCGCGAUAAGUUAGCGCAGCCUCCGGAGCUGUCCGCGGUGCUGAACGGAUUAAGUCAGCUCCACGGGUCUCCACGACUUGACCUUCUCUCCCCGUGAAGAAAAAAAAAGCAUCCUCCUGCAACGCACUGAAAGGUGGCAAAGCAGGCCACCACACAUGGACACCUGCUUGGCUUGACUGGGUCAGCCAGACAAUAUUGUCUUUCAUGGCUGUGGCACGCAAAAUCAAAACUUUGCUGACCGUGAAUAUUUUAGUCUUCGUCGGGAUUAUCCUGUUCUCGGUCUACUGCAGGAUCCAGGACCGAUCCGAGGAGCUCAUCCAGCUCGGACGCAUUUCUGACCAGAGGCUGCGAGCCAGAAAUGGCAAAGUUUCCAACUUGGUAGACAGACAGUCUAUUCUCCAGAGGCUGGAGAGGCUGGAGGAUGUUGUCUACAAUCAGUUAAACGGUUUGGCAAAGCCCAUGGGGCUGGUGGAAGGACCUGGAGGUCUUGGCCAGGGGGGAGCUGCUGCCACUCUGGGGGAAGACAGUCGGGAUGCUGAGGGGAAGUAUGAGGAGUACGGCUACAACGCUCAGCUCAGUGACCGCAUCUCACUUGACAGGAGCAUCCCAGAUUACAGGCCUAAAAAGUGCAAGCAGCUGACGUAUCCAGAAGACCUUCCUCAGAUCUCAGUGGUCUUCAUCUUUGUUAAUGAGGCUCUGUCAGUGAUCCUGCGCUCCGUCCACAGUGUGGUCAACCACACACCAGCACAUCUGCUCAAAGAGAUUAUCCUGGUGGACGACAACAGUGACAGUGUGGAGCUGAAAUUCAACUUGGACCAGUAUGUGAACAAGCGCUACCCAGGCCUGGUAAAGAUUGUGAGGAACAGCAAACGCGAGGGUCUGAUCAGAGCCAGAAUACACGGCUGGAACGCGGCCACGGCUCCUGUUGUCGGCUUCUUUGAUGCCCAUGUCGAGUUCAACACCGGCUGGGCUGAACCCAUUCUGACCCGGAUGAAGGAGGAUCACACCCGCAUCAUUCUGCCCGCCAUAGACAACAUCAAAUACAACACGUUUGAGGUUCAGCAGUACGCCAACGCAGCCCAUGGUUACAACUGGGGGCUGUGGUGUAUGUACAUCAUCCCUCCGCAGGAGUGGCUGGACAAGGGCGAUGAGACUGCCCCUAUCAGAACUCCUGCUAUGAUUGGCUGCUCCUUUGUGGUUGAUCGGGAAUACUUUGGCGAGAUCGGUCUACUAGAUCCUGGCAUGGAGGUCUAUGGAGGCGAGAACAUCGAGUUAGGCAUGAGGGUGUGGCAGUGUGGAGGUAGUAUGGAAGUCCUGCCAUGUGCCAGAGUGGCUCACAUUGAGCGUACCAAGAAGCCCUACAACAAUGACAUCGAUUACUACGCUAAGCGUAAUGCCCUGCGGGCCGCAGAAGUGUGGAUGGAUGAGUACAAAUCCCACGUCUACAUGGCCUGGAACAUUCCCAUGAACAACCCUGGAGUUGAUUUUGGGGAUGUCUCGGAGCGCUUGGCCUUGAGGAAGAGGCUUCAAUGUCGUAGUUUUCGCUGGUACCUUGAACAUGUCUACCCAGAGAUGCGAAUCUACAACAACACCAUCACAUACGGCGAGGUUAGAAACAGCAAAGCUAGUGGAUACUGCCUGGACCAGGGCUCAGAGGAUGAUGAUAAAGCCAUCCUUUACCCAUGCCACGGCAUGUCCUCUCAGCUCGCACGCUACUCUACUGAGGGGCUUCUCCAGCUAGGACCCCUUGGAUCGACCACCUUCCUGCCUGACACAAAAUGCCUCAUUGAUGAUGGCAGAGGACGCACUCCCAGCCUGAAAAAGUGUGAUGCUGUUUCAAGGAUUUCACAGAGGCUUUGGGAUCUGUUGCAGAACGGACCGAUAAUCAGCAGGGACACGGGUCGAUGCUUGGAGGUAGAAAUGUCCAAAGAUGCGAACUUUGGCCUUCGCCUAGUGGUCCAGAGAUGCUCCGGUCAGAAAUGGAUGAUACGAAACUGGAUUAAACAUCCCAGACACUGAACCCACAGAUCAACCUCUGAGACGCUUUGGGCAGGGUUUCAAGUUGCAGUGUGAUUGCAAACUGUGGACGGUACUGGUGGUGGAACUACGUGGUACACCACACUACAGACUGCACUGCGCACUGAGCUUCCCUCAGGCCACAGAGCUUUCCAACACCAAGUCUUAAAGAAGAAUCUGAUCAAUUCAUGUGCUCCACCAAGCUGAGCAUUGAUUGACAGAGAACUUACGGAAAGCCGCACCGGUUAAAAUGUCCCACAUUACUGACAUUCAGCUACAUGUAUAAAACAGUAACAAGACACCUGCGCGCAGCCUCUGAAGGUGGGUGGAGGUCCUAAUGAAUCUGUCGUUUCUACUGUAAACCUACAAGACCUUUUGAGAUAACAGAGAGAGUGUGUGCGAGUGUAAGUGCUUUGUUUUUUUCUGAGUCCAUCUCAGCAAAUCAAAAGAAAUAAUUGUUGUCAAUUGCCACAUCAAAGUGAUUAUUUUGGGCUGUGAUUUGGAAAAUUGCUUUGGACAUAUUGUGCUGCCCUGGCAAGAAAUGUAACAGGCUUCAAAGGGACUGCUCGUCAUGUGAUCGGGAGGCAUUUUCACCUGCACUCACACAAGCCACUCCAGCUCUUUGUUUCUUUGGACUGUAUUGCUCGCCGUGGACAAGAGCAAUCAUGUGCCUUUUUCCCCUCAUUUUUCAGCUUCAUCAGACCAGGGAAUGUCAGUCCCAAAAGCAUGUACAAAAUUAUUUGAAAAUUAUUAAUUAAUAUAUAAAACAAUGUAUAAAACAGUCUAAUGAUAGUAAUAUAUUGUAAAAAGUGAAUAAUUGAUAUCUGUCCUCUGUUAACAAUUAGGAUAAUAAAAUCAUUUUUAUGAUGA